UCGUAUGAUCGUCACCCACUUGCCAAUGGAUGAUAUCCCUCCUUGGUUGCUCGAUGCAAUGGUAUUGGUGUUCUCAUGCGCCAGGGAGCAAACCAUCUGCUCGUUCGCUUUCUAAUUGCGUUUGUAGCACUUGAAAACUCCGCCUUGUGCUUUCAUUACAUGCACAUGAUUGUCUGUUAAGGGUACAAGAGGUGUAUAAGUUAGGUAACAUAGCCUAAUGAAUUCAGCUUUGAGAUAGCUUGCUUUCACCAAGAUUCCUGAUCAAAAGCCGCAAGACCUUUCAUGAUGAACGAUAGGGAUCGUAGUCGUAGUCGUGGCCGUGGCCGUGGCGUGAACAACCGGGGCGGAGGUGGCCGUGGAUUGGACAAUAAUUCUCCAUCUCCCAGUAGAAGUGGUAACAAUACACCAUCCCCAGGUAGAGGACCUAAUCGAGGAGGACCUAAUUCACGAGGUCUUGUCCGAGGGCGCCCUCGGCCCGUAAUGAGUGAGCAAGAGGAGCAAGAGCGGCAACACCGUGAAGAGCAGCAAAGGAGGGCCUUUUGGUGCAGGAUUUGUGGAAACCAAGGUCAUUAUGUUGCAGAGUGUUCUGACACAUUAGCGCAAGAUGCCGUCGACGUUAUAACACCAGAUCCAGUAAAAUUGGCGACAGAAGUCACGGCACUCAGGCUUACCAGUGUUGUGGCUCCUGUGCUAAGCGCUGACGCGAAGCGAGCUGUCCGAAAGCAAAGAGACGAGUUGCGGAAGCAAAAUCUAGAGAAAUGGGGCAAGGCAGGCUUGCAUCUAGCGAAGCGAAUACUCGCCCCUGUUAGUCGGCCUGAGGUUGGCAGAGCUAAUUUCCUGAAGUUGGAAUUCAGGACGGAUCCUGGGCAGAUUGAUCUACUGAGGUAUCGAAUUGAGAUUCCCGAAAUUAACGACAAGAUUCCAACGAAGAAUGAGGUCAGGAGAGCUCUCAUUCUAAGAAUGCUUGUAGAGAAUCCACCCACCCUGAAUAAGAAAUUUUGGGUAACGGACUACUACUCAUACAUCAUCUCGAGGGGUAAGUUGUACACGAAUAUCGGGGACGAAGCGGGUGUUUCGGAUCUUGAUGUAUCGUACUACCGCAAUCCCACCCAUGAACCCAACGAACCUCGCCUUCUUACCAAGAUCGUAUUUGAGGGCAAGGUCGACCUUCCAAGGCUGAUCGCCCAUGUCACAGCAGACUCAAAUAACUUGGACCAAGACUAUUUACCAGACGCAGAUCUGAGAAGCUUGAAUAUUGUGUCAUGGUACCAGCUCCACAGAACUGCAGAAUUCAAUGGUGGUAUUGUAGGCAAAAAGUUCUAUCCGGCAAAUCAAGAUGAAAAUCACUCCGCAAACGUCAAGACUGCAGACAAAACCAGUAAUAUUUUCCUGCUGAGGGCCGGCUUUUUCACAUCUGUGCGACCCGGUCAAGGCUCUCUCUUGUUGAAUGUCAACACAACUACCUCGGCUUUCUUCCCUUCCAUUGUAUUGUCUCGGUGGAUGCAAUGCCGAUGGCCCCGGGGCACCACUUUUGCUCCGGAACUACGAGUCUUGAAAGGAGUUCGAGUUACUUUCGAGGGCGAUACCGCAACUGCACGAAGCGGCAGGAAAUAUGUCAUCUGCGAAGCCACGAUGACAGCUAUCAGUAACAAAUUCAUCACGCACCCAAAGACAAAAGCUCGCAUCCGAGCAGACCAAUACUUGACGACGAACCGCGGUGAGUAAAGCCCGAUUUGUAUGGACCGCUGACACUGAUUUAUGGAGAAUACAACCUUAGCAAUAAUAUUGAUGGAAAUGCGCGCGCUGUAAACAUAGGAGGUGACAGCCCUUUCGAGCUCUGGGUGCCCGCUACUCAUUUGUCAAUUAUCCCGUGGCAGCCUGUCCGUGGCAAACUCGAUAGUUCUGCAAUGGGUGCUAUGAU